UUGUGGUUUUGGGUGGUGUGUGAGUUCAUCGUCAUGCCAACAACCCAGAUACAGAUCUCAACUGGUACGAUGAAGAUUCCUCGUGUCUGAGGUUCUCAUUUUGACCUGAUGUUCAACUCUGACUGAAGGAGGAGUCAUUAGUCAGUGCCGGAGACUCCCUCCACAUUAUCUGCGGAGCUAAAAACUGACGAGCUGAUUCAACAGAUGUAAAAAAGAUCAAUUAUAGGGAAGUAACACUCAUAACAGGAAGUAAAUGCUGUAUCUGUCUUAAAGAAGCAUUCGUUCAGAGACUUUGACAGUUGAGGGCGUGAGAACAAGAGAUAACGAGAGAGAAGCAAGAUGGUUCAAUUCAAAUGGAUUAAAAUGUCUUUAUUUAUGAUACUGGUGCUUCUGUUUACAGCAGUAACUGGACAAAAGUUCCCCUCCUUCACUGUCAGAGCUGGAGAUGAAGUCACUUUGCCUUGUGAAAAUGUGAUUAAAAAUCAGAACAAAUGUGACACAACCACUUGGAUUGCCACUAAAUCAUCUGGGGGAACAGCAAGAGAGCUGGUUACUCUUGGGAAGAUUAGUCAAACUGGGAUUUCCAAAGAUAAAUCAGACAGACUGAGUGUUACAGCAAACUGUUCUCUGGUUAUAAAGAAGGUCACAGACGAGGAUGUUGGUCGUUACACCUGCAGACAGUUUAUAACAGGACAACAAGGUUCAGACUCUGUGGUUGAGCUGUCUGUCAUUAACAUGACUGAACAUCAGACGAAUGAUACAGUCAUCUUGUUCUGCGCUGUGUUGACAUAUGAAGGCUGUGGACACUCAGUGAAGUGGCUGUAUGAUGGUGAUGAUAAGAAUGACACUGAGAUAUCACAGUAUACCUGUGGAUCCAGAGUGGGAUUUACAAUUUCUCGUCUCAAGCAGAAGUCAAACUAUUAUGCGUUACUCAAGUGUAACGUGACAGAUGAUAAGAGAGGACAAACGCUGCUGUGUGAUGUUGGUCCCCAGUCCUCAUGUGAGAAAACAGGAAGCAAAGGGAAUAUCAAGACUGCAGAGGAUGACACUUCAACACAAGACUGGUGGAGGUUCCUCAUUGUGUCUGUGGGUUUAGCAGCACUCCUAACAAUUGUUGUAGCGGUCAACAUAUGGACAAAAACUAAAGGGAACAGAACACAGAUGGAUGAACACAUUGAAAUGAUCCCAAACCCUGCAGUGACUCAGUCUGCUCCAGAAACCAGUCAGUACGCGGUGGGAUCACACACUACACCCAGUACCAUGAGUUAGUUUAAUCUCUUUGAUCCCCAAAAUAUAACCCAGAUGCGCACUAGUAUCCUGUUAUGAUCUGUUUUUUGUCUUUUUGUAGCAUUGUUAUGUGAAUAUAAGACAUCAUAUCCUGGUUUCACAAAGCUGCGUAAGCUCUUAUUCUGGGUUUUAAAAAACCUGGAGUAGAAACCAGCAUAUUGUGGCACGUAAACACCUGAUCUUGGUUUCUGAACAUACUUAGUAUAGAACACAGUGGCUGAGAUGGUGAGAAAUAAAGACACACCUGCAGGCAGACAAUCAGACCCUUGGCUACUGAAAAGAUUACAAACACAGGGCUUCUCAUGUUCCAUGUAAACAUCAUAUCCAGAAUAAGAUCAGGCCAAGACCAAAACCAGGACAGGCUACUAAUAUGCACAUUAAACAGUCAAUUUAAGACAGACACAAGAUGCAUAACAUGGCCUCCCAGCUAAGGAAAAAGAAGUUAAAAUAUUAAAUGUGAUAGACUAGAAUAAAGGUUUGGAUCUGUAUAAUUUACGUUACUGAUCAGCCAAUAUAGUAUUAUUAAAGUCCAACAGCUGUUUGUGACAAUAGUAUUGGUAGUAAAUAUGGGAAGAAAAUGUUCAUAUAUGAAAAAAUCUAAAUUUUACCCUUAAAUCCCAUAUAAUCUCAUGGUUAAGGAUUGUGAUUGUAUGUGACAUUGCUUUGUGUUUUAUUGCAUUUUAUGAUGUUCCAGUGUGUUAUCUUUUAUCAUGUUGCCUCACAGUGGUGAACUAUGCCGUGCCAUGUCCACGUUCAUGAGUUGUACUGCGUCACGUGUGUCUAUAUGAUCGGGGUGGUGAUAAAGCACUGACAUACAGAACUGUGAAAACUAUUUCCUCUUCUGCUGGAGCCUCUAUUCUACCAUCAAUUAUCAAGAUGUAACACUGUACAGUUAUAUUUAUUUUCAUAAUAUUAAUUUUACAUUAUUUGACAACAAUUUAUAGAAAUCAGGUUUUAUUCCCUGAGUGAAUUCAAUAAUUUCACUUUGCUGUCAUGGUACCGUAUUGAUUCUUGUGGAGAAAUUGUCUAUGCAAUCCAAAUCUUAGACAGAGUUUUUUUUUUUUAAUUUAAUCAUCAUUCUUUAUCUCACUUUAUGUUACUUUCUAGUAUUAUAAUCAUGCAGUUGUAUUUUUAUCCACCUUUAUUUUAUUUUUUGUUGCUGGAAAAAGCUUUUUGUCCAGAAGGGGGAGAUGUAGGCUUGUGCUACUCAGUUUACCAUGAUGUAAAAGUAAUAGCCCAACAUUCAUAUGGCUUUGUCCCAUAUAAAUAUAAUACAUUUUGCUCUAUAAACUUGCUGUCAGGCACAUUAUUGUACUGUGAUGUAUGUACUUGUGGGUGAUAGUUCAAAGCCCUUUUGGAUGUGAAGGAAAUUAUACAAAUCAUAAUUGAAAAAAAAAAGAAAAUGAUAUUCUGUCUGUAUUUUGUGAGGUGUGGAUAGACUUUUGUUGUAAACUAAGAUGAAUUGUAUUGCAGUGUAUUAUAUUGUAUUACAUUAUACUGUAUUGUAUUAUUCUACUCCAUUCAACUAAAUUAAAUUCUCUGGUAUUUGUUAUCCGUUCAGUUCUGAUUUAA